AUGUCUGAAGGGGCAACGUUAGAGUACACGCCGACAUGGGUGGUUGCCGCCGUGUGCACCGUUAUGGUUGCGGCUUCCAUGGGUGCCGAACGCUUCCUCCAUUACCUUGGCAAGUUGUUGAAGAGAAAAAAUCAGACUCCUCUUUUUCAAGCCUUGCAAAAAAUUAAAGAAGAAUUGAUGCUUCUGGGAUUCGUCUCAUUACUACUCACAGUGUGCCAAAACCUGAUUGCUGAAAUUUGUAUAUCAAAGACAUUAGCGAAAACAUGGUUGCCUUGUAGAAAUCACCUAAGAAGGACACCUCAUUUGAUGAAAUACCACCUUGACUCCUUAUUCUCUUCCUAUGUUGUUCGUCAUGGCGUUGGCCGUCAUCUUCUUUCCAGCUCCUCCUCCAGUGAUUAUUGUGCUAAACAGGGUAAGGUUGCAUUGUUAUCUGCCACAGCAUUGCAUCAUCUUCACAUAUUUAUCUUCGUCCUAGCUGUUGCACAUGUGACCUUCUGUGCUCUAACUGUUCUUUUCGGAGGAGCAAAGAUAAGUCAAUGGAAACAAUGGGAGGAUGAUAUCGCAGAUGAACAUGAUCAGAAGAACUUUCUAAAUAAGUUUACCAAUGUUCACGAGCAUGAUUUUGUAAAGGAUCGCUUUGAGGGUGUUGGCAAGAAAUACGCUUUGAGAGGUUGGUGGCAUGCAUUUCUCAUGCAAUUCUGUGGAUCAAUAACCAAGUCAGAUUAUACCACUCUGAGACUAGGCUUCAUUAUGAAUCACUGCAGGAGUUAUCCGAAGUUCAAUUUUCAUAACUAUGUGAUGCGUUCUUUUGAAGAUGAUUUUAAGAAAGUUGUUGGCAUUGGCUGGUAUUGCUGGACGUUUGUGGUACUUUUCUUGUUGGCUAAUGUCCAUGAUUUGCAUGCAUACUUUUGGAUAUCAUUCAUUCCUUUCUUGCUCCUAAUUGCUGUGGGGACUAAACUAGAGCAUAUAAUCACCCAAUUGGCGACUGAAGUUGCUCAGAAACACAUGGCUGUUGAAGGAGAUUUGAUAGUGAAGCCCUCUGAUCAUCAUUUCUGGUUGAAUAGACCCAAGUUUGUUCUCCUUCUCAUUCAUGUCACUCUCUUCCAAAAUUCCUUCGAAAUUGCUGUUUUCUUCUGGAUUUGGGUUCAAUAUGGUUUCGAAUCCUGCAUAAUGGGAAAUGUUAAAUUUAUCAUUCCAAGACUUUUCAUAGGGGCAUUUGUUCAGUUCAUUUGUAGCUAUAGUACCCUUCCACUUUAUGCAAUUGUUGCAAGGAUGGGAAGCAAUUUUAGGGGUUCAGUAUUCAACGAACAAGUACAAGAAGGACUUAUUUCUUGGGCAAAGAAGGCGAAAAAGAAAGCGCAUAAAAGGGUUGACAGUGAAUCUAGUUUAAAUUCAUCAUCACAUUCAGGGUUUCUCCCUAUUCGGCUAAAAUGA